AUUCCCUCCAUAAAGGUCAGUAGUUCAUUCACGUGUCGGCUUCUGAAGCACUUUAUCAAUUUUAACAAACGCCUUUUUAUCAUCUUUUCGCCGCGUAUCAACAAGUGUCUGCCCCCGACAUUGAUUUCGGAAGCAUCCAUGAUCUUGUCAAUCAUGUUCACCGGUUUGCAAUAAGUUUUAAAGAUAAGAAGUGAAUGAACACUCAAUCAAUUUUGUGUCAAAACAAAUUUUUUCUAUGUUUAUUUCAUUAGAUUUCUUCCUCUUUACCCCUCGCUUCUUACUUGAAGAGAGCUACCGUUAUUUUUUUAACUAUUUUCUAUCACUUUAUCGCAUUCUUGGACCCUCAUCAAUAGAUAGUUUUCUGAUUACUGCAGUAUGCCCCUCACAGUAUCUUCCCAUUUGCGGUUGACAGUUAUCUAUUCUAGUGUUUAGUUUUUUAUUUAAGAGUGUUCAUGUGCUUCCAACUUGGGAGGUUUUGAUGACUGUGAUUUUAACUUCAGUAUGAACGCAGAAUACGCGCAAGUGGAAACAAAAUCUGAGAAACAACUCCGUUAUCCAAAAUCAGUAUUUUUCAUCAUUGGGAAUGAAUUCUGUGAGAGAUACUCAGCAUACACAGUGGGAGCAAUUCUGGUCUUGUACCUUCGGGACGCUUCACAAUACACAGAAGAUGAGGCCAAGCUCAUUUACCAUGCUCUCCUCUUUUUUUGUUACUUUUUUCCGAUUUUCGGUGCCAUCUUGGCAGAUUCUUACAUCGGAAAAUUCAAGACUCUCCUUUACGUGUCUGCAGUUCACGCUGUGGGUAACAUAACAAUUGCGUUGUCGGCGAUUGGAUGGCUUUUUAAUCCUAGAGUGCUAUGCCUGACCGGGUUGUUUCUGAUGGCCGCCGGGGACGGUGGUAUAAAGCCGUGCGUGGCUGCAUUCGGAGGCGAUCAGUUCGUGCUGCCGCAGCAAGCGCGGGAACUCAAGCGAUUUUUCUCGAUUUUCUACUUCACCAAU